AACUUUUUAGGCUGUCCGCCCCCAUCCCCGCAGUCCCUGGGCCGCGCACCGGCAGGCGGGGGCGAGGGGGCGCCGCCGCGCGAGUCCCCCUCCGGUCCCCCCUCCCCCUUGGCUCGGCCGCCCGCCCGCCGCUUUGUUCCCGGCGCGCGGAGGGAAGGCGAGGCUGCGGCGGAUCAUGCCCAUGGUGUAGCCGCCAAGCGGAGGCAUGGCUGCCGGAAGGUUACUGCUCUACACGGGCCUCUCGCUAGCGCUCUGCGCCCUCGGCAUGCUGGCCGUGGCCAUCUGCUCGGACCACUGGUACGAGACGGACGCCAGGAAGCACAGGGACAGGUGCAAGGCCUUCAACACCCGCCGGGUCGACCCCGGCUUCAUUUACAACAACAACAACAACUUGCCGCUCCGGGCGAGCCGCUCCCGCCUGGACCGCUGGGAGGGCAAACUCCUCCGGGCCCGGAAUCGCAGGCAGCUCUUCGCCAUGAGCCCGGUUGACGAGUGCAGCCGGCAGUACAACUCCACCAACAUGGGCCUCUGGAGGAAAUGCCACCGGCAGGGCUUCGACCCCGAGAUCGCAGCCCUCAUUCGGAAAGGAGAAAUUGAACGAUGCACGUACAUCAAAUACCACUACUCCUCAGCCACCAUCCCCAGGAACCUCACUUUCAACAUCACGAAGACCAUCCGUCAGGAUGAGUGGCACGCCCUUCGUAAGUACACCUGAGUUUCUUUCUUUGGUGGUGACCUUUGGAGGUCACGGAGGUUUGGAUGCCCAUCAACAGCUUGUUCCGGACAGUAUGGGUGUACCUCUUAGGCCUGUGGACAGUCUCAGAGCAGGAUGGUAAUUCCUUAAACUGUCCAUGCCUGGGGCUCAGAAUUGCCUCAGUUGGUUUUGAUUGCAUUAGAUUUAAAGAGUUUGCUUCUAAAAUUAAAAAUGAAAACCCCCCCCAAAACAACCCAAGAAACGAAAAAACAACCAACAGACAACGAUUAGUAAUCUUAUGUCAUUACCCAGGUAGACGUUUUAGAUUUCACCUACCGAACAAAACCAGCUCCUGGGAUCUAACUUCAGCGUGUCCCCGAGUUGCUUGGAGUAUUAUCAUGGCAACCUGUAAAAUCCCUCGUUUUAUCCUUUCUACCUGGCGAGGCCAGCUGGGGGUUGCAUACUGCAAAGUGUUGGCAGUAUGCAUCUGGGUGGGUUGCCAAGGGGUAGGAUCUCGUCCUCAACUUACAUGUUUCUGUUUUCUCAAGAAUGAGAGGCUUUGGGACCCAGUUCGCAUGUGAUGACUCAGCAAAGAUCAGAAUAUCUGCCUCCAUUGUUUAGGGAGUUGCUUGGUCAGGGACCUGCUGAGACUUAAAUCAUGAUAGGAGGAUGACUUAAUGAGCAAACAGUUGCCUAUUUUUAUUUUUCUGUUCCAUGGGGAUAUCCUGCUUGUCUGUGUCAGGGAUGUUCUCAUUUGCUGCUGGCAUGGCUCUUCAUGGGAACACAUUCUUACUAUUCUUAAGCUCUGUGCUGCCUCUCUUGAAUUUGUCGGUUCUUUCCUAUUGCGGUUUUCCCCCCACAGAAUGUCACAAGGCUAAAAAAAGGAGGGUCUUAUAUUGUUGGUUAAAUUGUUUCAUCAACUUAGAAGAAAGGUGAAGACCUCUUUCUUCCCUUUAUUGUCGCCCAGUUAUUUUUCGCAUGCAUGGGUUCCACUGGGCAUAUUCCACUUGUUAGUUUGGCUUUAAUCAAACAACCAUAGGGAGGUGGGAGAGGCAAGUAAAAUGAAACCAGAGCAAUGAUUCAUUGGUUUUGGAGGGGGGGAGGGAAGGAAGGGGAAGAUUGUGACCAGGUGUCUGGAUGAUUAUUACUGUCACUGGCCUGAAAUGAUAGGGAAGGUAUCAGUGGCUGAGAAGGCCUUAACAAAUCGUUGCCUUCAGGCUUUGACAUUACUAGAGAUACUAACCAGAGCAUGGGGACAGAGCUCAUGUUCCAAGUGCAUUCCCAUGUACUAGAUAUUGAGGUAGGCAAAUCACAUACUUCCUUAAUUUUAAUGUGAGAUUUGCCUUAGAGAUACUCAUAACCAGGGUUGUUAAUUUCUUUUUUGGAGGUAGAUAUUUAUGGGGUCAAAUACAUAAAUGACUAAAAUGAUUGCUUUGCCUUGGUCUGCUGUAACAGAAGCCCAUAGUAGAUGUUCAAGAUUCGUGAUAAGCCUUGUUGAAUAACCACUUAAAUAUCACUUAAGUUAUGGGGUCAUAACAGAAUCAGAGAAGGAAGAAGUGCUUGGCAAAGCUUCGGUUCAUAUUUACUCAUUCAACCCAGGUUACUGAGUUUUUCGAUGUACCAGGCACAUAGUGGAUACUGAGGCCACAGGGAACUCUUCCAAAGAGCUCACAUCUGGAGGUGGAGAAAGGCGGGGGAGGGGGAGAGACACAUUCACAAAGCAAAUAAUUACAAGGUAGUGUGAUAAUUACAAUACAGUAUAAUUGUUUUAAGCAAUUAAGGUAGUUUUUCAGCAAGAAGGAGAAUAUUUUCGUGUAAAUUGCAUGGAGGCAUUUUGAGGGAAAGCCAGAAGGAUGCUAUUGGUUGCACACGGUAGAUAGAUUUCAAAUAGAUUAUCUAUCGCAGCAUCGCCGAAAUUGUCCCAUAGUGUUGGCAAAGAUGGGGAGAGGAGGCUAAUGCUAUGGUUUGUGGAAUCUUCUCUGAGUCCAGUGUCUCUGGGGUCCUUGUUCCAAAACUGUGUGGUGCCGUUGGGUUCUGCAGAUGUAGUGUGCAGCUCAGGCUUGUGAACAGAUCUAUUUUUAACUGAUGAAAGCUAUCUCAGCAACUGAUAGGCAGCAGUUUUUGGCAUCCCGUGGUGGGUGAAGCGGGAGAUCCUCUUUGGUGAGGGAUUCAUCUGCCUGUUUCACACGGUAGCCUAAUGGGCUGUUAUUAAGCAGGCAGAGAACACUGGCCAUUCCUGUCACCGAUGACGGCUAUUUUUAGCCAGGGCCGUUUUUAGUUCAGAUGUAGCAUCUGAAGUUGGUGCUAAGUAUAAUUGGCAAUGCUGGCAUAAUGGGGAAGGGUAGUUAAUGUCAGUUUUAAUCUUCAAAGGUCAGGUAUUGAUACGAGGUGGGAAAAGGGCUCAUAAGCCCCCUUUGAAAUAAAGUAGAAACUACAAAGACUUGCAAACCCGUACGAUCAAGCUUUGGAAAUUGAAAAAAAAAAUCAGACUCUGAUUUCUUAUUAGAGAGUUCUGUACUCUUUAAUACUGCAAAUGGGAUAAAAUAAUUUCAUUUGAUACUAGGUUGGUUAUCAUUUUGAAAUUUGACAAAAAUAUCUUACUUUCUAUAACUUUUCUCAGUAGUAGUAUUUGACAAAGGCGAGAAAUUAAAUUUCUUUUUUCUGAAACAACUGGAAAAUAUUUUGGACUUUGGUUAAACUGGGGUUAUGCAUUUUUCAUUAGAAAUUUGCAUGUGGUUAUUACCCACUGAUGUGGGGAAUUUUUUUUUUCAAAUAGGAAAAGCACAAUUUGGCUUAAAACUGUGCUGUGGUUUUUGAAGAGUGAACCCCAGCAGUGGCAGGCUUAACUGUUUGGCUGAGAGCUCAUUGACUUCAUGGUCAAGUGAAUAGUAGGUGAAAGAAUAAAAUUAUUUGUAGGUCACUAGGCUUAUAAAUCCAAGCGUAAAGAGAUAAUAGCCACUGUGGGGAAUAAGGGUCAGAGUCCAGUGUGUGUGUGUGUGUGUGUGUGUGUGUGUGUGUGUUUGGGGUGGUGGUCUCUGAGGUUCCAGUGGUGAGGUACACUGUGUGUGCUUGUCCUUUCUGCCCUGGCCACCUUCCCACCCUGGUCGGACCUCCCCAGGAGAAGGCAGAACUCCUUCCAGAAUUGGGACUGUCCCCUUACUCUGCCCAGGCCUGACAGUCCGCCUGGGGCAGCCCACUUGCCCUCCCAUCUACCGGCUGCCCUCCCAUUAGGUUCCAGUGACACCGAGCGGCGAUUGUCCAGCCCCCAUGCACCCUGGGUACACUACACUUCUGAUCCAGGUC